UUAAACUUUUUAAUGCAAUAAAAUAAGCGAAAUGAAACAACAGGGCCCUUGUUAUAGGCGUGGCUCAGCUAAAGGGCGUGGAUAUUACAUCAUUGCUUAUUGUGCUUAAAAUAUCCUCCCCAUUCUAAAAAUAGUACAGUAGUAAUGGCGUCAUAGUUGUAGUGAUGAUGGUGCAACAAUGCCUCGUCUUAUAAAAACGGCUCACACUCUCUCUAUUUCUCAUUGUCUCCUACAAUAACAAGAAGAAAGCAGCACAGUAAUGGAGUAAGAGCUACAGACAGACUGUGUCUCUGGAAUUAUGAUAGAAGCAGACAUAGAAGAACCCCUCAGAAAGGCAACAAGAAGAAGAGUGAGAUAGACUGAAGACUAGCACCUUUACAUAUAACUAGUGUCUAAGAGAGAGAGAGAGAGAGAAGAUGGCUUCCAGGUCUACCUCAGAGAUAAUGAAACAGUACAAGUCCCUGGUCCGUGGGAUAGAGCUGCUCAGUGAUGGUCAGGCUGCCAUUACCCAGGGACCAGAUGGUGGACAAGAUGAGGAUGACCUCUCUGUAAUAUACGUGAGCAUAUCCCCCAACGAUGGGCCCUACAAAGGAGGCAGCUUCGUUUUUAAACUGGAUCUGUCUGAUGGCUACCCUGACGUCUCCCCACCUGUCAUCAACUGCCUCACCAAAGUCUACCAUCCUAAUAUCGACGCCAUUGAUGAGUAUUCCGAGGGUGAGAUUUGUCUUAAUCUUCUUGACGAGUUGUGGAACCCUGACCUGACUCUUGAGGACUACGUCCAGGGUCUCCUGUUCUUGUUUUAUAAUCCUAACCUUGACGACCCUCUCAACCCUUCCUUUAGUGCCGGGGAGAUUGAGUGGGAGGAGUUUGAGGAGAACGUCCGUAAGUCGUUGAUGGGAUACGAGAUAGAGGGAGUGGAAUAUGAGCCACUCAUACAGGAUGUGGGCGAGGACAAAAGCAACGAGGGGGAGGAGUCAGAAGGUGAUGAUAUUCUCAUGACAAGCAGUGAAACCUCCGACCAGAAAGAACUCGUUACUGUCGUAACAACUGAUUUGAAAUCUGGUUUGGCAGAGAAGUCUAAUUCUCGUGAUGAUGCUACUGGCCAGCGAGAGGAUGUUCCUGUGGGUGUGGUCUCAGCAGAAGCUCCUCCCCCUCCAGUAACAGUGAGGGUACUGCAGAAUGGAUUGCCGUUGAUUAUAAUUGGAGUUGGAGUCUGGGCGGGGCUUAGCUUGAUGAGACGAUUUGCUGUCAGAUGAUAUUAACUGAUUUUAUUAAUUAAUUAUGUAAUUAUUGUAUUAUAGUGUUGUCCUUGUGUUUGAUUUAUAUGUUGCACUUUUUAUAACAUUAUUAUUUUAAUUAUCAAUAUAUUAUUAUUAUUAUUAUCAAUAUAAAUGUUCAUCAUCAAUCUGCUGUACCAUGUAUUAAGUUUCCUUUUUAAAAACAAUAAUAAUUAUUAAAGAUA